AUGUCUGUAUCUGCAAGACACAAGCAGCUUCCUCUCUCUGUCUCUUCCUCCUUGCUCUCUCCAGGCCCUCCGGACUCGGGACCCCACAGCUCUCCCCCACCCUAUAAUCAGCCUGCAGGGGAGGGCCCCUGCAAUGGGGUUAUUCCAGGUUAUAAUGAUCCACCACCCCAGCCAGCCAAUCCCACACUUACCCGCCAGGAAGCCCAAGGAGGAUACCACCAGGAUCCGCCUUUCACGGGCCAGCAACCAGCCCAGCAGGGCUAUGUGGUGCAGACGCACAAUCCCACCGGGACCAUGCCAGUCGGAGGGUAUGUGCAGCAAGCUUCGGGGUAUCCAAUGCACCUGCAGCCCUGCACGGCCUAUGUACCAGUAUACCCCAUGGGAACGCAAUACCAAACUGGAAAUGUCCCACCGCAGCCUGGCAUCCCCCCUCCGCAGAUCCCCCCGGGAUUGGCACUACUAGAACCCCGUCGCCCGCCUCAUGACUACAUGCCGAUUGCUGUGCUCACCACAAUCUGCUGCUUCUGGCCCACCGGUGUGAUCGCCAUUAUCAAGGCUGUACAGGUCAGGACAGCUCUGGCUCGAGGAGACAUUAUGUCAGCAGAAAUUGCCUCACGUGAAGCUCGGAAUUUCUCCUUCAUUAGCCUGGCUAUUGGGAUCGCUGCCAUGGUCUUGUGCACCAUCCUCACAGUGGUUAUUAUCAUCGCGGCUCAGCACCAUGAAAAUGAUUGGGGUAACUGAUUUAUCCUUAUGGCACCUGCGGGGCAACUGAAGGACAGCCCAGUCCACCAGGACUUCUAUGUGCCCUCGACACUUUCUAAACUCUACUCUCUUCAGUUCUGAUUUGGACUCAUUUUUAAAUCUCUUAUGUUUUCAAUGUCUUCCUUUCUAUUUUUGUUCAGUUCUUCCUUUGCCCCCUUCCAUAUUGCUCUCUUCUUUCACCAUAAUUCUUCAUCGUCUCAUUGAUUUACUCUCUUCGCUUUUCUAGUUUGGAUACCUCUUCUUUGUUGGCCAUCUUGUCUUUUCAUACCAGCUCUUCUCUUUAGCUUUUUCCCAUCCACCACAGUGCUCUUUAUCUCCCGUCCUUUUCCCCGUCCACUCCGUCCCCCAAUCCCCUCUCCCUUGUUCUAAGUAAUACAGGUGCCAUCUUGGGUGUUAUGGGGUAAAAUAGGGGUAAAAUAGGAGUUUCAUGGGAUAUUUUUCAGCUACGAGUUAAGGGUGUGGAAUACCGUUCAGCUGAGAAAUAAAGGAAAGGAGAUAGCCAAAUCUUUGCUGUGACAUUUCAAGUGUCACAAAAUAAAAGGGAAAAUAGGUGGACUAUGAGACUUGUAGCCCAUCGGUGAGGCAAAUUGGAAGCCAGGAAAACUUAAGACGUGAGUGGAGUGUGUGGAGAAGAGUUAUAGAGUGAAUGGAAAGGAGGUGACGGGCUCUUAGACAGCAAGGCAGAAACGAACAGAGAGGGGCAUAUUCUGCAAACCACAAUAAAGAAAAAUGGAGGUGUUCCUACUGCAACCAGUCACAUUAUAAUGGUUAUAGAACUA